AGUAACCCUGUUAGCUGCAGUGCUUUCAACCUUCCGUCAGCUCGCCACAGCGGCAGCUCUGAGCGCCAGAACGACUGCUGCGGACGGAGAUACCGGACUUUGGACCACCUAACAAUAGCUCUUCUAUGCUGUUCGGUAGCAUUUAGCUCCACUUAGGUAGACCUUUCAAUAACAGGAAGUUAGAUAGAUAGAUAGAUCAGUUCGCGCUGCUAGCAGCGUUAGCUAGCUGCCCACCCUCUGUCUGGCGUCACUUCCUAAUUUUGAAAAUCGCGGCCAGAAAGUAGAGAUGGAGUUACAAGUGGGAACUGAACCGAUGACCUUGGGCUCUCCCACCUCUCCCAAGCCAGCCUCUGGAGCUCAGUUUCUGCCCGGCUUCCUGAUGGGCGACCUGCCAGCUCCAGCUACCCCCCAGCCACGCCCCUUCAGCCUAUCUACGCCCAUCAUGGAGAGCACAGUAGGAGGGGGAGGUGGAGGAGGCUCCGCCCCGCAGCCUGUUGUCCCCACCCCCAAGGAUAAGAGUGGAGCCCCACCUGUUCGCAGUAUCCAUGAUGACCUGGUUACUGUGGUGACGCCCCUCAACACGCACAGGCAGUCUUUUCCAGUCAUGCAGUCUCCUCUGUCUGCACGUGGGGCCUCAACUCCAGGAACAGGUGUGCAACAGGUGUGCCUGUCUCCUGCUCAGGUGGAUCCCUUCUAUAGUCAGGGAGAGUCUCUGUCAUCUGACGAUCAGCUGGACCAGACCUGGGUCACUGUGUUUGGUUUUCCUCCAGCCUCAGCCUCCUACAUCCUGCUGCAGUUUGCUCAGUACGGAAACAUCCUCAAACACACGAUGGCGUCUCCUGGUAACUGGAUGCAUCUUCAGUAUCAGUCCAGACUGCAGGCCAGGAAAGCUCUGUCUAAAGAUGGAAAAGUGUUUGGUGAUGCCAUCAUGGUGGGAGUCAAACCCUGCAUAGACAAGAGUGUGAUGGAUAGCAGUGUAGCCAUCUCUUCUCCCCUCUCCAGCUCCUUCUCCUCCUCCGUCCUCCCCUCCACCCCUCGCUCAGCCAUCAGACCACUCAGCGCCGCUUACAGGAGCUCUGGCAGUGACUACCAGGUGGUAGCAGACAGACAGACACCCAGGAAGGACGACAGUUUUGUUUCCAAGGCAAUGGAGUACAUGUUUGGGUGGUGACAUUGCACAAUGCAUCAUGAGAUAUCUGCAGCCUCGCUGGAGAAAGGAGAAAUUGAUGAACAGAUGGAUGAACUGUUUCACUACACUGUGUGUGUGUGU